AUGAAAACAAAACACACGUCAUGACAUGAGAAAGUGUCCGAUGUCCGGCAACUUGUUGAGUUUACCCAAACAAAUCAGUCUGAUUUUGUCGAAUUUGAUACGGACGAACACAGGAUGUCCUGGGCCGUGGUUCAGAAACUUUCAGACUCGGUUAUUUUGGCUGAGGAUGCUCGUUUUGAGGAAAGACCAUGCGUGGCCGACGAUUUCGCCCAAAUCGCUCCGCUAAUCAACCGAAUUUUCGACGAACUGUUCUGCGAGGUGAAAUGCAUCGGCCAGUUUUCAGUCGAGCAACUAUUGGAUGAUGAAAAAUCGGCAUUGGUCAGCUUGAUUUUGGCUUGUGGCGAGCACUCGGCUAGUCGACCGUGGACAUCCAAUUUUUCCACCGAGUGCAGCAAGAAAAUUCUGAUUGAAAUUUCUCAAAACGGCAAAGUUUUAGUUUCUCAGCCGAUGGUGCUCAAAAUUCUGUUGAACUCUAUCUGUCCAAAAAUGGCCCCUAAUUUGUGGAAAAGCAGACCAGCCCUGGUUCAGUGCUUCAGUUGGAUCAUCUUUCAAAUCAAGUCUCCGACUAUUGGUACAAAUUUUCCAAGGCUUUUCCCGGCUGUUUUGGUAAUUUUGGAUGAUUGGGAGACCGAGAACAAAAUCUUAGGCUGCCAGCUUAUGGAAAAUCUUGUAGAAAAUGUUACGCGGGCAGAAUUGCAACGAAACCAGUACGAUCAUGUCAUUUUUGACAUUCUUCAAAGAUUGAUUUACGAGAGAGAAGCAAAACUUGUCAGAGUGGUUGUGAAGUGUCUCUCGGCUCUUGUCUCAAAAGUGGACCACAGGUUCAACCAGCCCUUUGAGAUGGGCCGUUAUGACGAGGCACUGAAUGUGCUGUUGGGUCAAAUGGAGCUGGAACAGGGUCUAGAAUUGAGACAAGCGUAUGCGGAGUCAUUGCCUCUGUAUUUGGAGGCUGGAUCCAUCUGUCUUGCUCUCUGGUCACAGAAAAUUCUCAGGAUCGUUGCUGAGUACACAACCAUUGAAGACGAGUCCGGAGGAAUCACACAAAAAUAUGCCCUUGAGGCGCUGCUGAUCUUCCUGAAAAAGACGUGGCCACGUGCCAGCACUUAUGCCAGCCAGUCUUUGACCACCGUCUUGAGACUGCUACUAGCCGUGACCAAGGCCGAGCCAGCCAUCAAAGUCAACCAGGACGUAAAGUGCCAAAUUCUAGAACUGAUCCGACAGUGUCUGCAACUGAUAAGUUCGGUAGCACCUGAAAUGUGCAACGAGCUCUUGGACGGAGUAGGAAAAGUUCAGGCCAACGAGGACUUCCACUCCGUCGUCAACUCGUUCACUGAUCUUCGCUUGUGAUAGACUGAAACUCGUCUGCUUGGAUUUAAUUGUUUAAUUUAUGAAUUUCAUUUUUGUACAUCACAAAUUAUUGUAUAUAAAAUGUUCCUUUUGUAAUAAAAAUGACCUAGUAUUGCCAA